CCACUUCUACCGCCACCUGUCCCUCUAUCGCCACCUCUCGUGAUCCCUGAAGACUCAGAACCAAUAAAUCGUUACUCCCUUCGCCGCAGAGAGGCACGUCAGCUUCAGCCGUACGCGUAUGACAAGGCGAUGUACAAGGCACAGAUGAAGGCAAACCCUGAUGCGAUCGUGAAGUUUGUGAGUCCCCAGCAUCGCGAGAUGCAUGCGCAAGAUGGGUCACAAUGGGAGGAUGGACAAACGCAAGGCGAAACCCAAGCAGAGUAUAUCUUUCCUGUUGACAAUCCGGAGGAGGAUGGAGAUUAUGUGGACGCGGAAGACAGAAGGCGGAGAAGGCGGGUCGCGAUUGCCGAAGCAGAUCAUCGGAACCGCGAACAGGAGGAAGGGUGGCUCCCUGAGGCGCUAAAAGAUCUGUCUGAAAGCGAUGAGAUUGAAGGAGCCGACGAAGUUCGCAAAUUGGCGAGGGAGGCUAGGAGGGCUAGGAAGAAGACUGAGGCUGAAGCAAAGAAGAGGGAGAAGGAAGAAGCUCGCUUGAAGGCACAGGCGGAGGCAGCUGCGAAAGCGGUUGCCACAAAGAAACGUUUGAAGAACUUCCCUUUGGCAGCAGCGUCGUCGAAGCAGCCUGCUGCUGGACCAUCUUCAGCAUUCCCAAGACGGACUCCCCCUGUGAUCGACGAAUACGAGUAUCACCAGGAUGAUGACUACGACUACUACAACUUUUUCGACCACAACGACGACAACUUGAUAGGUACGGAUAAUGGCAACAUUGGUACUGAUAACGAUGCAAUUGAAGUACCGUCGGCAUCAUCGACACCACCACCCUCCUCAUCCACAUUACCAGACGUGGACGAUCACCUGGACUUGUCCGAUGAUCCGGCCAGUGAACCCCACGAAGCGUCCGGAACCCCUGCUCCCGAAUUAUCCUCCAAAGAUCGCAAACGUUUCCGCCUCCUACAGCGUAUGAUGCCCGCCGUCAUGAUCAAGAAGCAGUUCCAGCAGCAUGGUUCUCAAGUGAAAAUCCCCACCGGCACGAAACGAGUGCGUUCUCCAACUCCAUCUGAUAGCGGCGACGAGCCCUUGAGACCUGGAUAUGCGCGCGUCCGAAGGGGCGCUGGUGGGCGUGAUGCUGUUAUUCAGGGAGAUCCUGAGAGCUCGGAUGUUGAGAUUCUUUGGGAUGAGGGUAUGGAGGUUGAUGCUGAGGUACCAGAGAUCGUAUCACACGUUCGUCGGCGGGUGUCUCCCCAAGUCAGAUCGAGAUCGCCGGCCAUCAGCCUCACUUCCAGUUCCGAGAGUGGAUCGGACAGUGAUGACGAGGACAGCGAUGGUAUGAUCGACGAUGUACGGAUCGAUGCGUGGAGCCGGAGUCGCCGACCUAUGCGGGAGAAGAGCUUGAUUGAUUGGAUGCUUACGCGGACCAGGACUGUGGGCGGUGGGAGAACGAAGUCCAAGUCAAGUCGAAGGCCCCGAGGUUCUGGUGUGAAACCACGAGAUGCGGGUGAAAGCAGGGGUGGACGCUCGAGGCCCAAGCUCAAUAUUGUAACAGGUGGUGCGCGGAUGGGUAAUCACCAGACCCUUCUUUCGUUUCCCACUGCUUUCUCCGACCAUGACCGCCGUCCUCAUCAUUCGCACCAUAACAAGGUCCACAAGAGGGCAGAACCAACAGUACCGACGGAGCACGAGGCCAAGGUACCACGGAAGGAAAAGAGGAAGAAGAAACGCAAGAAAGCCCAGGGAGAGCUCUACAGCUUCCACCAAUCUGGCACGCAUAUCGCGCGGAGGGGUUUGAGAAUCGAUCUGGGUGAUGAAGGAUUCCAUCAGGCGCUGGACCCGAGUUGGAAGAAGGAGAUGGAUAGGUGGCAAAAGAAGCCUGAAUCAACGCGGCAGCCUGCAUAUGGGGUUUCAUCUCGAGUUCAUCGAGAAGAUGCCCAUUCUAAGCGCCGGCGAGUCCCAUUUUCACGUGUUGAUUCUCAACCUCAUCCUGGUCUCGAGUCCAGUCAGCACGAACGUCAGAUCCAACCACAUGGCUAUAACGACGUCCACGAUUUCAUGCAUGCUAUAGAUCAACGAACAUUAUUGACUACGGUCGACUUGGGUAUCGACAUUUUGCCCUCAGGGAUCGUAUUCUCGGCUGGAACAUAUAUUGGGCGGGGGUCUCUUCACCAGCUGAUAUGCCUUGUCACGGGACACGUUCAGCCUGUCGCCCCCUCGCGAUGCACUGCUCGAGGGUUCGACCUUGGACCUGAUACAUCAGUGCAUAUUCUUACGACUGUAUUCGCACCCCUGUGCGAUCAGCUCGCGGAUGAUGUGCUCAAAGGACAUGAGUGGAUUACUGCGUCUGCAAAGGACUGGGAACUUGCGAUGCGAGCGGUAUGUCACUUGGUGUCGUGGCAGUGUCUCAACAUCGACGACCAAGAAUUCAGCUCCCUGGAGCUCACCGUACACGAGAGUAUGGGUUCGUUGGUGGCGCGGGUGUUGGAGGCCGAUCUUCAUCAAUUCUCACUGCUUGUUUGCUGGUUCGCAGUGGAGCUGGCUGCGCGUAUCAUGCAUGCCGCAAGGAUUCGGCGCGGAUCGUCAGAACCCCGAGAGUUGUUCAGAUUCGCGCUCUUGCUCAUGCGGCCUCUGGCAGAUAUAGACUUCCGGGAGACUCUAGUAUCCUUCAAGGAAUUCGAGGGCCCUCUCGAGAUCACCUCAACUCCCGUUCAAGCCGUAGAGUCCUGGAUAUGCCUCUUUCACCUCCUGACUAACUGCACGUCUGAGACUCCCGGCAACCUAUCAUCGGAGCCGUUUUGGCUUUUGUUCAAACAGCUGAUCCAAGACGAAGCAUCAUCGUUCACCACUGCAGUUGAAGCGAGCGAGUACGUUUGGCGGAAUAUGUUCUCUUUCUGUGCGCUCUCUCAGUUCUCUGUGCAUGGGAUGUCGACAUCCCUCAGUAGAAUCGCACCUUCAUGGGAGACGAUCCUGGCUACACUGAAGCUCAUCUCCCUCGUUGCUGAUCCACAAAAGGAUGCGCUCACACAAACGGCGUCCCUGAACAAACGAGACGAAUACGUCUCCGUCAUAGCUUCUCGAUGUUUCCUGCUAUGGAAGCGUUGGCAUUGGAGUCUGGACGAUGCGAUGACCAUGUUCAACCACCUCGUGGAAAUCUUCCGGAGCCGCAAGUUUGCAAGCCUCCGGCACGAGCAGCCCAAAUUCAUGCAGUUCAUGGUGCAAAGGGACAUAUCCUUGCUUUCGGUACAAGACAGGGGCGACAACGUGUUCGAGGUUCUCCUCAAGAUGAUCGUCCAAGUUGCAGAGGCGGAGGAUACAAGCGACACAGAGAAAAAGCAGCGGGACAUACAGGUGAAGAAGAUGUUGAACAUGGUCGUCCCGGUUGGCUCGGUGGCAUCGACAAGGGCCGCCCAGCCCACUGGACAUGAAAGCUCUAUGCUUUUCAACCGACUUAAUGCUAUGGCGGUCGCUAUUCAUCUUGAUCCAUCCAUCUCCAACGUUCGUCACCGUGUUGGGCAAGCUCGACGAUGCGUCAAUUUCAAAGAAGCGCAUGAUUUUACCAGGGCUGUAUGCAUUCGGGGCAUUGAACAUAUUUGUGCUGUUAUGCGUCAUCACCGUGUACAGCUCGGAGAGAUUCUCAGCUGGCUCGCCGAGGUUACUGGGAUCCUGCUGGAUGAAUAUCAGCAGGCACGCACGCUAACGAGUAUAGACAACAAGAAUAUCGUGAAGAACAAGACAGUGGAGAUGAUUAAGAGUCUCCUCACGUCUGUUGUUCGCAUGAUUGAGACAUCCUCGCUGGAUACGAAGGAUGAGCGACACGAGUAUCCAGAUCCUGCGUUUUUGGAGGGACCAUGGGUGAAGGACGUUUUCAGUCCCAAAAAUCCUAUCGCCAUCGAGAAUGACUCGAGUGCUGCAUGCCAAGAAGUGGUGUCAGCUUUUCUGGAUGCUAGAAUAAGGGCCUUGCCCCGACCCUCCGCGCCACCUGCAUUACCGAGCGUCGAUACCCAGGAAAGCCAGGACGAGUACGACAAAUUCUUCCUCGACUUGAACGACCCUGAAAUCCUAGCUGCUCUUGGUGACGAGCCUGCACAGACUUCUGGAAUGGAGUUGAAGCAGAAGGAAGAAGCAGUGUGCAAGGUCGACUGGUUCCAGGUCUGUGGACCGCUGGCUUCAGCGUUGUUCCGGGUUGUUUGUAGAUAUAUAGUCGACUCGCCUGCGCCAAGCACAGUCGAUAGUCGCCGUGAGACCGCCGAUAGAUGGAUUGAUUGUUGGGUAGGUGUCGGGAAUGUGCUAGUUCAGAAUGGAUCGAGUUGGAAAAACCACAUGCACCUUGGGCCUGAAUCAUGGGAGCGGAUACCUGAUCCCUCAUGGCGUCGCCGGGUUGGUCUGCGCUUCUGUUUCGCACUCCUCAGACUUGACUCGAAGGCUUAUAGUGCAUACGAGGACUACUUUAUCGAAGUCCUCCUUGCAUGUACUGUUUCCUCUAAGACGACGAUCGAACAUGAAUACGCAUCCAUCGUAUUCACUCUGGACGGUCUUCGACAUCCACUUCUACGCGGUGUAUUGGCUAAGCCAACUACCGGACCAUCCACGUUCAAGAUAUCGCUAGAAGAAUAUGCGACAGUCCGGCAGACCCUGAUUGAAUCGGUUUUUGCCAAUCUCGCUGAGCGUUUUCAAGAUAACAUAGAUCCUGUCAACCACAAGUACCUUGGCUUCUUGGUUUCCAUGCUCUCAGCUAUGAGAGACAACUAUGAAGUUCGUGCAAUUACCCUGAUUUCUGAUAAAACUCACGACUUACACACCAGAGCCUAUCAUCUGGGGAAGAACGAGCAGCAUAUGCCGAGUUUUGUCGAAAGGUUUUUCGGGUGCUAUUGA